AUGCCAGAAGAAGGGAGCAUGGAAAAGGGUGAUUUGAAGCGGAACUCCGGAAUAAGAAUGAACACCGGUGGUGGACAUGGGAGUCACCCAACGAUACGACUCAUGCGGAGAUCGACCACAUUCUCACCAACCGAGGGUGGUCCUUACUGGAUGUCUCAGAGCCGAGAGCUGGAAAAGAAGAUCUGCCACCGUAUUAGGAGAAAAGCAAGACAGCAGCAGAUUGGUGGAGCUCCUGACCGUGACUGGCCCAUCGAGGUGGACCCAACGACAGACGACGACCUGCUUCUUAAGGACUGA